AUGAAUGUGUUACUUCAUAUUGAUACUACAAGGUGUGACCAUAGUAAUAAUGAUAAAGGUCAAUGUUUUGGCAGAUUUUUUAAUAUCGAUUUUGUUACCACAUUAAAAAAUAAAAGUGGUGGUAUGUCAUAUACUGAUUAUGACGCCAAUAAUAACAAUGAUAAUGAUGAUAUACAAAGCUUAGAAAUUGAAUUCCUCUCUUCAAUGUUUGAUGGUACUCCAAAUUCCGCCAUCUUUAACUAUGAUAAGCUAUCAAGGCAUGGGUCGUUCACAUUUCAUCCACACUUCAUCAAACCUAUUGAAAUGUAUGGACCGACAACAAGAAUCAAGCUAAGAAAUACCUCAACUGUGGAGCCUUCAACAUCAUCAUCAUCAUCAGAAGGUCAUAAAACAUGCUGUUGUUACCUUCUGCAUUAUUUACCUGCUCUUGUUAUGACAUUCAACCUCCCGCUGAAUUAUCCUGGAGAUAUUCCAGGUAUUUCUAUUCCUGAAUUCGCUUUAUCCUCAAUCUGGUUGCCAAUAUCUAUCCUUAAUGAAUUGAAAGAGAGACUAGUUGAAAUAGCCAAUCAAAAUCUUGGUGAAAUGACCUUGUUGUCGUGUAUAGAAUUCCUGCAAAAUGAAUCUUUUAACUAUUUAAUUAAACAAUUUGGUGAAAGUUGUUGUCGUCAGCAAAAGCAAAGGCAAACCUUCAAUCUUUUCAAUUUUUAUAAUGAAUACUCCUGCAAAGAUGAUAUAUCUCUAUCACUACAAGAUUAUUGUGACCUCCUGCUAUCGAAUAAUGAAGAUCGUCUUGAUAUUGAUUAUGAUGAAGCAUUUAUUGAAUGUCCUGUAUGCUUUGAAAUUAAAAAAGGCAGUGAAUUUAUUCGUUUUAUGAAAUGUAAGUGUUCAAUUUGCAGGGAUUGUACACUAGAGUGUUUUAAAAUAUCAAUAAGAGAGUCAUUGUUUAAUGGUACCUUGUCUUGUUUAAAGUGCAGUGAAGAAGUUAGUCAUUCAGAGGUUCGUUAUAUUCUACCUGAAGAUUUACACGAUAGAUAUGAAAAUUUAAUCUUGAAACGCGGCUUAGACUUUAUGCCAGAUGUAGUUGCUUGUCCCCGUCAACAGUGUGAAUAUCCAGUGAUCUUAGAUUCAGACAGUCUUGGACGAUGUCCUCGUUGUGAAUUAAGCUUUUGUCCUAUGUGUUUAAAAACUUACCAUGGUGUAGAACCUUGUAAAAAUAAAUUGAAGAGUACUCAUAAUGCAUUUAUGUCCGCUGCAGAUCGCGAAGCUAAACUACGCCAAAUCAAAGAAGAAGAAGAAUCCGAGAAAUUAAUUACAGACAACUAUAAGAAAUGUCCAGGCUGUUGGACACCUUGUGAAAAGGUAACCGGUUGCAAUAAAAUGACCUGUUCAUAUUGUCAUUUAUUUUUCUGUUGGAUAUGCCUCGAAAUUAUAUACGAUCGUCAAAAUCCAUAUACGCAUUUCUCAAAAGGCGACUGUCAAGGUCAAUUGUGGAGAGAAGAUACAAUUAUUGAAUUCGCAGAAUGAGAGAGAAUACUGAUGAAGAAGCGCCUAGAGAUCUUUUUUACUUAUGUAUUUAUUUUUUUUUGACGUUUUUCAUAUUUUGUAAAGAAAUACAAUAUAAUAUUUAUCUUUUUAUAUAAUAAUGGAGAUUAUAUUCAUAUUGUAACGAGUGCUACUGAUAAGGUUUAUCAGUAGUAUAUAAAGAGACGUUCAUCAGCGUAAAAACAACAUCAAAUAGCAGAGAGGUACAUUCGAUUUCAGAGAAAGUAAAUGAUACAGCGCUGUGGAGAUACAUGGGAGACGUGAAAAGAACACAAAGAAACACAACGCGAAGAUUUGUGCAAAUGGUGCGUUGAAGAUAAAGUGGUGUACAUAAUUUGGCUAUAUAGAGAGAUACCGAUUUCCAAAUAAACAUUCCUUUACCA